UUGGCUGAAAACGCUACGUUCCAGUUACAUAGCGAUCCCGGUGCGUCUGUAGACAGCGACUGUAAAUGAGGAGUUAGACGUUUAUGAGCAAUGGCCAGGCUGCCUUCACAUACAGCUGGGUGACUUCCCGCGGUGUCCUGGAGCUGCUAUGAAGGCGGGGGCCUCGUCCAUGUGGGCAUCAUGCUGUGGUCUGUUGAAUGAAGUGAUGGGUACCGGGGCCGUGAGAGGGCAGCAGCCAGGUUUCGGGGCCGGUGCGGGGCCGUUUCGUUUCGCUCCCACAGCGGGAUACUCUACAUACCCGCCUACAAGCUCCACCAACACCAGCCUGGUGUGUCAGUCCUGUAGACAAGCCUUCUCUGUCUUUAGGAGAAGGCACAUCUGUUGUGACUGCAAGAAGAGUUUUUGUUCGCUGUGCUCAGUACUUCAGGAAAACCUGCGCAGAUGCUCAACUUGUCAGCUGCUGAAGGGCACUUCAUUCCAGCGUCCACAGCUCAUGCGUUUGCGUGUUAAAGACUUACGGCAGUACCUUGUGUUACGCAACAUUAACACUGAUACCUGCAGGGAGAAAGAGGACCUUGUGGACUUGGUGCUUUGCCAUCAAGGUGGAGAAAGUGAGGAUGAUCCAGACACGCCUUCUCUGCAAUCACGCCCCCUGUAUAGCCCACCUCCUUCAAUUGAAGAGCCCACUUCCCCUCUCUCAGCUAUCUCUCCAACUCAAGAAGAACAAAUCAGUAGGAGCAACAGCUCAGAGUCCACCAAUCAGGAUAUUGAGGACUCCACUUCAGUUUCACUCCUUAAUCUUGACCAGGCAGAACACACACCCGAGGUGAGUUAAGUCAUUUACUUGUAAUCGAAAGGACUAACAUGGUCAAGAACUGUAAUACGUACUUUCCUGGGCUGGUCAGAAGCAGCAUAUCAUCUCCACACAUCUUUGGUCUUCAAUUUGUCCUGAUGGCCAUUAAAUUGACUUGAAUUGACAUUUUUUACAUUUUUAAAGGUGCUAAAGAGGAUCUUUUCGUCGACUGAGAAACCAAAGACUGUU